GGUAAGGUAACCGUAGCCAUUUUGGCUCAAGCCAGUCUGGCUCCAGAGGCUCGAGCGUUUUCUCUGGCCUGGGUCGGGCAGCCAGCCCGCGCCACCGCUCGCAUGCCAGGCCAGCCGCUGCGCUCCGAGAGGCCAGCAUGACCUGCCGCCGCCGCGACCGCCGCGGCGCGGCCGCGGCAACGCUUUGCGCAGCCCUGGGGGCCACGUGGCGCGGGCAUCUGGCCCCAGCGGCCUUCGCCGGGCCGGCCGCGGCGCCCACCCCGGUGCGCGGGGCGCCGCUGCGGGAUACGGCCGCCAGCCCCGGCCGCGAAGCGCCGGCUCCUGCAGCUGGACACCCCAGUAGCGUGGAGCGCCAGAUCGGCGUCAAGCACAUAUUUUGGGACAAAGGCAGUGCGGCGUGGCGCAUUAAGUAUCAAAUACAGAACGGCCCAGAUCGAGGUUGCAUCAAACAGACACGGUUCCGCCCGAAGGACGAGUCGCCGGAGCAGGUGGAGCAGGCGCGGCUCGCCGCCGUCGAGGCGCUGCGGCGGCUGGAGGACGAGGACCGGCUCGGGCGGAUCCGCUCAGGUCGGCACAGUGCGGAGCGCCAGAGCGGCGUCAAGCACAUACAUUGGGACAAAUGCAGUGCAGUGUGGCGCAUUCAGUAUACGAUACAGAACGGCCCAGAUCAAGGUCGCAGAAAGCGGCCCGUGUUCCGACCGAAGGACGAUUCGCCGGAGGAGGUGGAGCAGGCGCGGCUCGCCGCCGUCGAGGCGUUGCUGCGGCUGGAGGAGGAGGACCAGCUCGGGCAGGCCCGCGCUGGCAGCUACAGCCCCGCAGAGCGCCAGAGCGGCGUCAAGCACAUACGCUGGGACAACCGCAAGACGGCGUGGCGCAUUAAGUAUACGAUGCAGAACGGCCCAGAUCAAGGUCGCAGAAAGCAGCCCGUGUUCCACCCGUAUGACGAGUCGCCAGAGGAGGUGGAGCGGGCGCGGCUCGCCGCCGUCGAGGCGUUGCGGCGGCUGGAGGAGGAGGACCGGGUCGGUCGGAUCAGCUCGGGCCGGCACAGUGCGGUGCGCCAGAGCGGCGUCAAGCACAUAUUGUGGGACAAAGGCAGUGCAGUGUGGCGCAUUCAGUAUACGAUGCAGAACGGCCCAGAUCAAGGUCGCAGAAAGCGGCCCCUGUUCCGACCGAAGGACGAUUCGCCGGAGGAGGUGGAGCAGGCGCGGCUCGCCGCCGUCGAGGCGUUGCUGCGGCUGGAGGAGGAGGACCGGGUCGGUCGGAUCAGCUCGGGCCAGCACAGUGCAGUGCGCCAGAGCGGCGUCAAGCACAUAUUGUGGGACAAAUGCAGUGCGGCGUGGCGCAUUCGGUAUACGAUGCAGAACGGCCCGGAUCAAGGUCGCAGAAAGCAGCCCGCGUUCCGCCCGAGACGAGUCGCCGGAGCAGGUGGAGCAGGCGCGGCUCGCCGCCGUCGAGGCGCUGCGGCGGCUGGAGGACGAGGACCGGCUCGGGCGGAUCCGCUCAGGUCGGCACAGUGCGGAGCGCCAGAGCGGCGUCAAGCACAUACAUUGGGACAAAUGCAGUGCAGUGUGGCGCAUUCAGUAUACGAUACAGAACGGCCCAGAUCAAGGUCGCAGAAAGCGGCCCGUGUUCCGACCGAAGGACGAUUCGCCGGAGGAGGUGGAGCAGGCGCGGCUCGCCGCCGUCGAGGCGCUGCGGCGGCUGGAGGACGAGGACCGGCUCGGGCGGAUCCGCUCAGGUCGGCACAGUGCGGAGCGCCAGAGCGGCGUCAAGCACAUACAUUGGGACAAAUGCAGUGCAGUGUGGCGCAUUCAGUAUACGAUACAGAACGGCCCAGAUCAAGGUCGCGGAAAGCGGCUCGUGUUCCGACCGAAGGACGAUUCGCCGGAGGAGGUGGAGCAGGCGCGGCUCGCCGCCGUCGAGGCGUUGCUGCGGCUGGAGGAGGAGGACCAGCUCGGGCAGGCCCGCGCUGGCAGCUACAGCCCCACAGAGCGCCAGAGCGGCGUCAAGCACAUACGCUGGGACAACCGCAAGACGGCGUGGCGCAUUAAGUACACGAUACAGAACGGCCCAGAUCAAGGACGCAGAAAGCAGCCCGUGUUCCACCCGUAUGACGAUUCGCCAGAGGAGGUGGAGCGGGCGCGGCUCGCCGCCGUCGAGGCGUUGCGGCGGCUGGAGGAGGAGGACCGGGUCGGUCGGAUCAGCUCGGGCCGGCACCGUGCGGAGCGCCAGAGCGGCGUCAAGCACAUACUUUGGGACAAAGGCGGUGCGUUGCGGCGGCUGGAGGAGGAGGACCGGGUCGGUCGGAUCAGCUCGGGCCGGCACCGUGCGGAGCGCCAGAGCGGCGUCAAGCACAUAAGCUGGGACAAAUGCAAUGCGGUGUGGCGCAUUCGGUAUACGAUGCAGAGCGGCCCGGAUCAAGGUCGCAGAAAGCGGCCCGUGUUCCGACCGAAGGACGAGUCGCCGGAGGAGGUGGAGCAGGCGCGGCUCGCCGCAGUCGAGGCGCUGCGGCGGCUGGAGGACGAGGACCAGCUCGGGCAGGCCCGCGCUGGUCGGCACAGUGCGGAGCGCCAGAGCGCGCUGCGGAGGCUCCAGGAGGAGGACCGCGCGCUCGAGCGCAGCGGCUCGGGCCGACGGAGCGCGGGGCGCCAGAGCGGCGUCCAGCACGGGAGCUCCAAGACGACGAGCGGCGCAGACAGAGGCACCGGGAAGCAGCCCGCGUGCCGCCCGCAGGACGAGUCGCCGGAGGAGGCGGAGCGGGCGCCGCUCGCCGCCGCCGAGGCGCUGCGGGGGCUCCGGGAGGUGGACGGCGCCCUCGAGGCGAGCGCCUCGGGCGGGCCCUGUGCCGGCCGCGGCCGCAGGGAGGUGCCGCUUCUCGACGGGCUGUUCCUGGUCGUCGGAGAGGCGGUUUGACGCGGUGUGCGGGGUCCUGAAGGUCACCUGUCGGUCGCCUGCGGUCGGGCGAUUCUUCUUGGCGGAGGUCUUGCUGUUGCGUGCCGACUGGGCCCGCAACCCGCAGCAACUGCACGCGCCGUUCUGAAGCUUGCAGUUGCCAGCCCUGGUCAAAAAGAAUAGUGGUAAGGCAACCUAAGUGCACGCACUGUUCCGGGAGAAGCAGGAAGAGGCUUACCCAUCCGUUGUUCAGAUCAGCGGAAAGCCGUGCGGCAUCAGGUGCCCCAAGGUAGCUCGACUGGCCGUUUGUCGACAUCGUCCUGGCCAGAUUCUCUGAAUAUUUUCCCUCCUUCCCCUCUCCUCCUCCAUCCUUCUUCCCUCCCCCUUCUCCUUCGCUUAUUCCCACAGGGCCCGUCGCGGGUCACUGUUGCUCGCGCCGGGCACGUUGUCAGGCGCGCGGCCGUCCUCAGGGGCCCGCCGCUUGGGGCUGCUAGCUUUGUGAACUCGCUGCCGCUGCGUGGGAGUCGGCGAAUUCCAGCGACUUCUCCUCUCCCUACCCCUCCCUCCUCCAACCCCCCCUCCCUCUC